AUGGACUUCUUAAAAUCUGCCGUCGCGUCGGCUAUCUCGAAGGGCAGCUCGUUACCCUACUCGUUUGGAGACAGACUAGAUAAUGGCGAGUCCAUUUGGACACUUCACAAUGGCACAAAACGGGAAGAUAGCUCGCCCUGUAGCAUAUUCACGUUCGAGAUCGCUCAGAACCGGUCACGACUCCCCCUUGCGAAGAAUGCGCUCCGCAAAUUCAAAACACUGCGCCACCCCGGCGUUUUGAAGCUGCUGGACACUGUCGAGACAGACACUCAAAUCUACAUCGUGACGGAGAGGGUUGUUCCGCUAUCGUGGCCCGUAAAGCGGCGCAGUCUCUCAGAGGAAACCGCAAAAUGGGGACUUAACGCCAUUUCUUCGACUCUCAAAUUUAUCAACGAAGACGCGGCAUCUGUCCAUGGUGCUAUUCGGAUUUCUUCGAUAUAUACGAGCGAAAGUGGCGAAUGGAAACUGGGGGGCUUUGACAUCCUAAGUUCCAUGAAGGAGGAUGACGCUGUAAUAUAUACAUACGGCAGCCUCCUGCCAGAUGCGCAGCGGUAUACCCCUCCGGAAGUUGUAAAGGGAGGCUGGGAAACGAUUAAGCGCAAUCCCCUACAUGCUGUGGAUGCCUAUAAUUUAGGAACUCUAAUUUUCGAAAUAUUCAAUGGCAGCUUUCAGAACGAUCAGGCUGGCCAGACUUCGAAUAUACCUCCCAGCAUGCAACAAAGCUACAAAAAGCUGGUGAAUCCAAACCCGAAAUUAAGACUGAGCGUGGCACAUUUCAUAGAGCAGGGACAGCGAGCCGGUGGAUUUUUCGACUCACCCUUAGUUCGAUUAACGCAGGAUAUUGACAGCCUAGGUCUGAAAAGCGACGAAGAGCGGGAGGAGUUUAUCAAUGAGCUCGAUGAGUUAUCCGAUGACGUUCCAGAAGACUUUUUCAAGAUGAAGAUCCUGCCUGAACUAUUGAAAUGCGUGGAAUUUGGAGGCGGCGGUCCGAAAGCGCUGGCGACUGUCUUGAAAAUAGGCACUAAGCUUACGGAAGACGAAUAUAACCAAAAGCUCACACCUGCUUUGAUACGACUGUUUGCAAACCCAGAUAGAGCCAUUCGAGUAACUGGUUUUACUGACAUCGCGCCUGUUGUGCGAGAACAAACUGUCAAAGCUGUUCUUACAGUAAUUAAUAAGCUGUCGGAUCGAACCAUUAACGGUGAAUUGCUGCGAUAUCUAGCCAAAACUGCGAAUGACGAGCAACCGGGGAUCCGCACAAAUACGACAAUCUGUCUUGGGAAAAUAGCAAGAAACCUUGGGCAAAGCUCCAGGUCGAAAGUCCUGAUCGCCGCCUUUACUCGGUCGCUCAGAGAUCCUUUUGUGCAUGCAAGGAAUGCAGCUUUGUUAGCACUUGCAGCCACUAUAGACCUUUUUAAUGAGGAAGAUUGCGCCGCAAAAAUUAUACCGGCAAUUAGUCCAGCAUUGAUAGACAAGGAAAGCACUUCAGAUGCACCCUCAGCUGGAACUGUGAAAUCCAACGGAGUCUCUUGGGCAGGAUGGGCUAUUUCCUCAUUUACAAACAAGGCUUCUGGGGCGAAAGGCGAAAUUCAAUCGGCUUCCCCGCAACAAACUACAUCUCGCGUCACAACAACCAAUAUCAGCCGUUCAUCGUCGAUGCCACGAACGAUCGUAGAGUCCUCGUCACAGCCAUCGGAGACAACGCCAGCUCCAUCAACUAAUGCUCGUCGCAUCACUCGAACCCAGUCUGAACGGCCGCCAAAUAAAGUUGAUGACGAAGAUGACGGGUUCGGAGCAUGGGGUGAUAUUAACCAAGACGAAAGCCAGGAUCAUGAGCAGGAAGCAGCGGAUACGUUCUUUGAAGCUCGGGGAUCGCCCAGCCCGGCUCCAUCGGCAACGCCAGCGGCCGCUUAUGACGACGGUGGGGAGCCAGAUUUUGCAGGUUGGUUAGCCGCACAAUCAAAGGCGAAGACGAAGAAGGUCCUGCCGAAAGGGUUGAGUAAACCGGGCUCCACGACUAGCGCAACGACGAAACUCCCUACGACACAAUCAUCCGCAAAGUCCUCUCAGCCGAUUGUAUCGGGAUCCAACAGGACGGCCAAAACUAGGAAAAUAGUUCAGCCGGCGAAAAAGGCUGUUCAAACGAAGCCGAAAGCUGAACCUGCAGCUGAAGAUGAUGAUUGGGGAGAGGCUACGGGAGACUCUGCAUGGACUUUUGUGUUGGUCUUCUCGCAUGCUGCCAAAAAUAGUUUCGAUGAAGUCAUUGCCGGGCCGGAUCCCGAAGCUCAAUUCUGCGGGGAUGCCAGCAAGGAGAAUCGACCAUUGGAAGGGAAGGUCGGUAUAGUCACAGGGGGCUCGCGUGGUAUCGGUGCUGCAGUUGCCGAGAAUCUCGCCUCGAAAGGAGCUCACCUGCUACUGGUCUACACCUCUUCCUCCUCGACGACACGCACCCUUGAGCUCUGCGAAACGAUACGCGCCGCACACUCUGUUCAGUGUUUUGCGCAGCAAGCCGACCUGUGCGAUCUCGAGGAUGCGGUAUCGAAAAUUUUAUCCGCGGCCAAACAGCAUUUCACCGCGCAAGGCACGAAUCACUUCCAGAUCGACAUCUUAAUCAACAAUGCCGGCAUCUCGGAGAAUAGAUUACUCAACGACACGGAACGGGGCCCGAUCGAUGCUGACAUGUUUGAUAAACAAUAUCGAGUAAAUGUCCUCGCGCCGCUACUUCUUACCCAGGCCGUGGCGCCGUAUUUACCUCGCAACCGCACCGGGCGGAUUGUCAAUGUCUCCAGCGUCAGUGCCGGCCUGGGCUUUGCCGGCCAGAGCGUCUACGCGGGUACAAAAGGUGCCCUGGAAGCCAUGACGCGUACAUGGGCGCGGGAGCUGGGGGAUCGGGCCACCGUCAAUGCGGUUAAUCCUGGUCCGGUGAUGGGGGAUAUGUACUGGGAGGCGGGGGAGGGGUUCUGGAGCCAAAUGCAGGGGUGGCAGGAUAACACGCCGGGGAGUAACAUGAACGUUGGGCCGGGGUUUUCGGGGACUGGGAGGGAUAGGCUCAGUGAAGAGGAGAUGAGGACGGUGAGGGACAAAAUGGGCGGGCGGAGACCGGCGUUUACGGACGAAGUUGCUGGAGUGGUUGGGAUGCUGUGUACGAAGGAUGGGGCCUGGUGCACGGGGAGCGUGGUUUGCGCCAACGGGGGGUUGAGGAUGAGUCCGUGA